GACCCUGGAGGAGCCGGCCAAGGUGGACCAGCUGCAGGAGCCGCUGCUGGAGGCGCUGAAGAUCUACGCCCGCCGGCGCCGGCCCAACAAGCCCCACAUGUUCCCCCGCAUGCUGAUGAAGGUCACCGACCUCCGGGGCAUCAGCACCAAGGGUGCUGAGCGGGCCAUCACCCUGAAGAUGGAGAUCCCCGGCCCGAUGCCGCCUCUGAUCCGGGAGAUGCUGGAGAACCCGGAGGCCUUCGAGGACAGCAGCAGCGAGUCCGGGGACAAGCCGGCCGCCAAGACCCCCGCGGACCCCGCCCCGAAGCCGUCGGCCCCGCCCCCGGCCCCGCCCCCGGCCCCGCCCGCCGCCCCCACCCCGACCAUCAAGAAGGAGCAGGAGGAGCGAGCGACGUCGUGCUCCGCCCCCGCCGAGCAGAAGAGGAGGAGACAGAGGAGGGGGGGGGGGGACAGCGAGGAGGAGCUGUGGGGGGGGGGCGGUGGCGGGGCUGCCGUGAGGUGACCCCCACUGGGGGAG